AGCGUGACAAGUAUCUGACCGCACGAUCAAAUGUGUCAAGGGUUUUCCCCGUUUCCCGAUACAGUGGGAACCCCGGACUUCUAAUUACCCUUAGGGAUGGUUCCAGCUAUCACGUUUGGAGAUUAUGAACGAAAGCAACAGCCCAUUGGAACCUUUUCAUCCUUACAUGGCAUUUCAGUUGCUUCGUGAAAACCAAACUGAAAGGUUCUUUUUGUCACCUGUCGUUUGCCAAGUUUUUUCGUCCUUUCUUCGACAUUCAAGUGUGAACCAAUAAUGAAUACGUGUGAAAACCAAGAGUUACCAUUUCAAGAGUUGAUUGCAGAAUGCAACACAAUGCUGGCAAGAAUGGACACUCUUCAGCUGAACACUUUGAUAGAACGUUUCGGCGAAGAAAUCGAUUCCAGACAAAUUCUAAACUAUUUAGUAGACGGUCGUUCUCUACUCACUUACCUUCUUUCUCGUCACAUUGUUCGGCCUGAUAAUUUGUCAGCCCUCGUUGCCAUGGCAGAAGUGGCCGAGAGAUCUGACCUGAAACAGAUCAUUGGACGCUAUUGUUAUUCACCGUCAGGGUCAUGUGAUUCAGAAGACACCUGUGCAAUCGAUAAUGUUUUUGCUUAUGUUUCUGAGACUAUACAAAAUGACUGGAGAAAUUUGGCUCGCCAAUUAACUUUGGCAGAGUUUGACAUUGCCAACAUUCAAGCAUCUACCGGUAAUGAUCAGCAAUUGGCGGCUUCAGAGAUGCUUGACCUGUUUCGUCGAAAACGAUCAAAUCAAAAUAUCCUAACUGAACUCGUCGCUGCGUUGAGAGCCAUCAAACGUUUCAGCUUGGCAGCCAGAGUCAGCGAGUUAGCUAACCCAUUAUUACCGUCGCAGUAGGAUUCAUCAAGUUAGACAAUGUAAAUUAUGUUUUGUAUCCAUAUAUUGUAUUAUGAUUUCCAUUCUCAAGAGAUCAACUGAAAUAUUAUAUUGCAUAUUCUUAAAAAAAGAAAAAUCAUUUGUUAUUAAAUUCAAAGACGCAGCACAGCUGGACGUCGAUGCGUAAAGACACGUUUCUCAUUUGUCGUAAUACAGGGUAUCGGUUGAUGGGUAAUUGGGUAUGUCAAGGCUCAUGCCAAUCUUUCUCUCUCGUAAACUAUUAGUAGCUGGCACCUCCGGAUGAACUUCCGUAGCUGGAUCCGCCCGAUGAGCUUCCGUAGGUGGUCGACGAUGAGGAGCUACCAUAGCUGUUGGAUGAAGAGGAUGAGCCAUAUCCGGAUGAGCUGCUUCCGUGGCUGCUGCCACCACUGCCGUAACCAGUCGAGUAGGAUCCACCACCAGAAACGUUAGAUUGGGCAGCGGAGGCGGCAGCAGCUGCUUUGUUAGCGGCCUGUUGGGCGGAUGCCAAAUCAGCGAGACUGGCUUGUUGCUUCUGAGCGAGAUGUGCGGCAUUCUGUUGAGCCUGGAAUGAAGUCGAUUUUUUUCAAAAUAAAAGUUCUUCAUUUUGUGAAUUUGAAA